AACAUGUAAACAAACACGUGUUGGCAGAUUCCAGAAAAGAUUUGGGAAAUUGGAAAUUUGGAAUUACAUCAGAUUUUAACAAAGAGAAUGAAAUGGGUUUCGAACGUUGCGUAUGUCUUUAUCUUCUCGUUUUGUUGUUUCCGCCUCACGACUGACCAAAUCAGUCAUCCUAAAAAUGAGUGAUAGCUGUUUUACGAUCCUGUAUGGUUCUCAAACUGGACAAGCUAAAGCGAUUGCUGAAGAAAUAUAUGAACAGGCGGAAGAAUUGGAAUUAAAGGGAAAGAUUCUAUGUCUUAGUACUACAGAUAAACAGUUUUCAAUUGAAAAAGAAAAGUGCGUCGUUUUUGUUGUUUCAACUACUGGUGAUGGUGAUCCUCCAGAUACAGUGACAAAAUUCUUUAGAAGACUUAGAAAGAAAACGUUGGACUCUACAUUUUUAAAAGAUCUCCACUUUGCAUUGCUUGGUAAAGAAUUAGAAUGAUUUCAAAGAUUGGGAAGCAAUUUGAGGAAUAGAAUGAACAGUUUAGGGGAUACCAACUACACAAAUUUUUGCAAUUGUUCUAAAAACCUGAAUUCUCGUCUUCUUGAGCUGGGAGCAACUCAUUUUUAUCCACCAGGAUUUGCGGACGAUGCUGUUGGAUUAGAACUUGUUGUUGAACCAUGGAUUGAGGGGCUUUGGCCAGCAUUACAAAAAGAACUCAAAUCAAAAGAAGACAAUACUUUGACAGACACAAUUUCAAUCCCAACAAUAGACAAUGCUCAUGAAGAAGGAAACACUGUGACAACCCUUAAAAAUGAUCAUGAAGUACAGUCUUGUAUUGAUACAUCAAACAAAAACUGUGAAAGUAGCAUUGAUACCACAAAUAAAAAUUGCGAAAGCAGCAUUGAAACGUUAAAAUCAAAUGAAGAAAAAUCUGAAAAUGAAAACAAUGAAAAACAUAAUCACACUAACCAUACGAAUCAAAGGAGUGAUGAAUUGUUGCCUUCCUUGAGACUAUCUACAUCUCCUUUAUCUAAGUCUGAUUUGAGUAUUCCCCAUCUACCAACGUCCUUUCUCUCUAUCAAAUUCACUGAUGAAGUUGAGCUGAAUAAAAAAACAUGUCCUUGGCAAGGUGGUGCUGAAUUUCCUGGAAGUGCAUCGUCGAUAACUAAAACAAAUAUUUCCAGUGCUUGUCAGAUGACAACAGAUGACGCCGUGAAGAUCGCUUAUUGUUUGACCUUGGACACUGGUGAUGUCAAACUUCCAUACAACCCUGGUGAUUCUUUUGGCAUCAUUUGUCCCAAUGGUGAAAGUGAGGUUGAUGAACUUAUCGAUAGACUAGGAUAUCGAGAUCAAGCUGAUCAAGUAUUCUCUCUUGAAGGAAUAGAUCAACCACAAAACACAAAGAGAGCGAAGCAAAGGCCUGAUUACAUUCCGCAAAAGUGCACCAUACGGCAAGCGUUAACGACUUGUCUAGAAAUACGAGCUGUUCCUCGAAAGGCAUUUCUUAGAACAUUGUGUGAAUUCACAAGCAAUCCUAUGGAGAAACGUCGAUUACAAGAACUGUGCAGUAAAGAAGGUGCUUCUCAUUAUUCGCAAUUUAUACGAGAGCCACAUGUUUCAUUCUUUGACAUUUUAAACGCAUUCCCUUCGUGUCAACCUCCAUUUGAGAAGGUACUGGAACAUUUGCCCCGAUUGUUGCCUCGACCGUAUUCCGUUGCAAGUUCACCGCUAAAAAGUCCUGCACAUCUGAGAUUUGUGUUCAACGUUGUAAGGUUUCCAAGUAUUGUUAACGUAAGAAGGGAAAGAUGUGGACUUUGCACAAGCUGGCUUCAACGUCUGUCUAAAAAGAUUUCCAAAAACCCUGUACCCAAUGAAAAAACAUUAGAAGAAGAUUUAACGAAUUUGUCAAUGGAUCAAGAUCCUGAGAUAGGUAUUAUACUUCGCAACCCCACUGGAUUUCAUCUACCAGACGAGCCUAUGUCAGCAGUGAUCAUGAUUGGUCCUGGGACGGGUGUAGCGCCAUUUAUUGGAUUUCUUGAGCAUAGACGUCAUCUUAAUGUAAAUGUAUCAUCGCUUGGACCUACAUGGCUGUUUUAUGGAUGUCGACAUAAGGAUCGAGAUUUUCUUUUCAAGGAAGAGCUCUAUGAAUAUGAACAAGAAGGCAUUUUGACGAAGCUUAUAGUUUCGUUCUCACGUGAUAACGUCAUGGAAUCGUUUGAUCAACAAAGACCACCAAAAUAUGUUCAAGAUAACAUUCAAAUUUGGGCAAAAGAAUUGUGUGAUUUGAUUGAUAACUGCAGAGCGUAUAUUUUUGUCUGCGGUGACGCCAAGAACAUGGCAAAGAAUGUACUUGAAGCUUUCGUUAACAUUUUACAAAAUGUGAAAGGUCUUACACAUGAGCAAGCUAAAAAGGAGAUUUGGAAAUUGCGAGAACAGCAUAGAUAUGUUGAAGACGUAUGGACUUAAAAUAAAUAGUGACAAGCAUGUUUCGUUCAACUCUCGUUGUGUAAUUCAGUAAAAAUCAACAUCGUUGUUAUUGUUUGUAUUGAAAUAUCAUUCAUACAAUAACCUAACUUAGCUGCAUGUCGCAUUUUUGUCAAUGAAUUCCACAGAAUUGUAAUCUUUCUAAUGGUGA